CAUCCAUAGCCAGAAACUAAGCAUCACACCUCAUAGCAUACCUAUUCAAAUUUCCAGCUGAAAAAUCAGACAACUCACCAUGAUCAGCUCCGAGAGACUGGUUCAAUUGGCAAAGAAGUGGCAAAAGAUGGCAAUCCUUGGUAGAAAGAGGAUCAUGGCAAAGGUCCAAGAUAUUGAAGAAUGCUCCUCUUCUGUAGCAGCCAAGGGUCACUGCGUUGUGUACACAGCCGAUGGGAGGCGGUUCAAGGUCCCGUUGGUGUACCUUGGCAUGGUGGUCUUCAGUGAACUCCUGAGGAUGUCCCAGGAAGAGUUCGGCUUCACCAGCAAUGGCAGAAUCGUGUUGCCUUGUGAUGCUGCAGAGAUGGAGUAUAUCAUGUGGUUGCUCAAGAGGAAUCCCUCAGUCGAGGUGGUGAAUGCAUUGGUCAGCUCUAUGCUAAUGCCUUGCCACUGCACUGGUAGUAUGGUGCCAACUGUUGGAGUCAACCAGCAAAUUUCAUGCUUGUAGCUUCCUGAGAAAGUGUCAUGUGUCUUCUCCUGUAGUUGUAUUCUGUACUAUAUCAGGAUCAAUUCAAAAUAGUCAGAUGUAGCUAAUAGAAAGAGGGAAAUUGCUAUGUAAAGCCUUUCACUCCUGCAAGAAAUUAAGAGAACGGCCAGACAACAUAUGCAACCAUUUUUGCCCUUAAAUUAAUGUUGCAUUCAGGAAGGAUUGAACUUUCUACCUGUGUCUCAAAAUAUAAGGGAUCUUGGCUAUGCAUUUGUAGCCAAAAAUCCCUUCUAUUAUGGGAUAGAGUACUCUAACUACUCAAUUCAUUCUGUGGUUCUGAUAAAAUAGUGAGGAAAUGAAAUGAUCGCUUGAUCAGGCGGCACAAACAACAUUCAAUGAUGAAUCAUUGGAUAAAGACUUCAGGAGUCCAUUAGGAAACAGAAAUUCAUUUUAACUAUGCAGCAAA